AUGAAAUAAGUUAUUUUAGCAAUUCUAUUUUUUGGAUUAUGUGUUCAUGCAUAGACAGAGAGACAUACAUUAUAAGGAGCAUUGAGUUUACUUGAAAAAGCAUAAAAUGAUAUGUCUGUUUAUGAUUAAUAAGAUCCAAGAUUAUAUACUUGGUUUUGUUUAUUAAAAGAUAGUGUUGCAAGACUAUUCCAACCAAUUACAGAGAAUAAAUUAGCUAAUCAAUAUGCAAUAUUUGGAUCAGUACCAGGUGUUAUCUUAAUGGCUGGAUUAAUGCCUAUGAUACUAUUAGUCGUUUUUAGUUAUGGGAUGUUUAAAUACAUAACAUAUGAACCAAAGAAAAUGGAAUUCAAAUAUGCCAAAUUGCCUAUUAAAGAAAUUCAAAAGACUUAAAAGAAUCAACUAUAAUAUCCAGCUUUUUGCAUAUUUGGUUUUAUAUGA